AUGGCAUCGGAUAGGAAUGAUCUUAUUCAAAGUGUACGACGUGGUGAUUUAGUUCGAGUUCGGUAUGAAAUUAAUUGUU